AGCGGCGCGAGACUACAGCUCUCCUGUUAUCGCGAGAGCUCGACCCUUCCUUUUCCCUUUCCGCUCUGAGCCCAAGAUGGGAGUUGACAUCAGACACAACAAGGACCGCAAGGUUCGCAGGAAGGAGCCAAAGAGCCAGGAUAUCUACCUGAGGCUCCUGGUCAAGCUGUACAGGUUCCUCGCUCGUCGCUCAAAUGCUCCCUUCAACAAGGUGAUCCUGAGGAGGCUGUUCAUGAGCAGGACUAACAGGCCUCCCCUCUCCAUCUCCCGUCUGAUUCGUAAGAUGAAGCAGCCCGGCCGUGAAAACAGAACUGCAGUUGUUGUGGGAACCAUCACUGAUGACGUCAGGAUUCAGGAUAUCCCCAAACUCAAGGUCUGCGCUCUGAGGGUAACUGACGGUGCCCGCCGCAGGAUCCUGAAGUCAGGGGGUCAGGUGAUGACCUUUGACCAGCUGGCUUUGGCUUCUCCUAAGGGACAAGGCACAGUGCUGCUGUCAGGACCCCGCAAAGCCAGAGAGGUGUACAGGCACUUCGGAAAAGCUCCUGGAACUCCUCACAGCCAUACCAAGCCCUAUGUCCGCUCCAAGGGCAGGAAGUUCGAGAGAGCCCGUGGUCGCAGAGCCAGCCGUGGCUACAAGAACUAAUCCACGUUUUUGUUUAUCAUGCCUUCUGUCAGAAAUAAAAGAUUGGCUGUAGAAAUGAA